AUGGUAAUGCCAAAGGAAACGGAUUUCUUCUCCUCAAUUCUGAAUUCAACAUCAAAGGGAGGUUUCAAUCCUCAGCAUAUUGAAGAUGGUUUGUAUGCGAGGCAUCUGCAUGUGUAUAGCUGGCCUGAUGGAGAGCUGAAACAAAUACUGGAUCUCGGUGACACCGGUCUCACACCCUUAGAGUUAAGAUUCCUGCAUGAUCCCUCUAAAGAUGCCGGGUAUGUUGGGUGUGCGUAUACAAGUAACAUGGUUCGGUUUUUCAAAACCGAAGAUGGAUCAUGGAGCCACGAGGUGGCAAUCUCAGUGAAACCAAUGAAGGUGCAAAACUGGAUUCUUCCUGAAUUGCCUGGAUUUAUAACUGACUUCUUAAUCUCUCUUGACGAUCGUUAUCUGUAUUUAAUCAACUGGAUGCAAGGAGAUAUCCGACAAUAUAACAUCGAAGACCCCAAAAUUCCAGUCUUGUCUGGCCAAGUAUGGGUUGGUGGAGUGAUUCAGAAGGGAAGCCCUGUCUUUGCCGUGACUGAAGAUGGCAAAACAUGGCAAGCCGAUGUUCCACAGAUCCAGGGACAUCGUCUGAGAGGAGGACCGCAGAUGAUCCAGUUAAGCUUAGAUGGUAAACGACUAUACGUGACAAACUCGCUAUUCAGCACAUGGGAUCGACAAUUCUAUCCAGAGCUCGUGGAGAAAGGUUCCCACAUGCUGCUGAUCGAUGUCGACACAGAGAAAGGCGGUCUUAAAAUAAACCCCGAUUUUUUUGUUGGUUUCGGAGCCGAACCUGAUGGACCUUGCCUGGCUCAUGAGAUAAGAUAUCCAGGUGGUGACUGCACUUCGGAUAUUUGGAUUUAA